ACCCGAAAGUAUGUUUUUUUCAUACGAUGACCCCGUUAAAAACAGACACCUUUGAGCUAAGUAGGAUCGCAAAAUGCACGUCUCCAGCUGGAUUGCUGGUUUCCUAAAUUUGCUCGACAUAAGCUUUGAGGGUUUUCGGUAGAAAUGGGAAACUUGUAAAAUGUCCUUCUUCCUUUCAUUUACCCCUUGUCAAAAUUCUCCAUGUCUUCCCUCCAUCUCCUCGUCCUCGUACCCUCCGAAUUUGCUAACCUGAACUCCAUUUUAUGUUUCGAGACAUUUCCUUUCCUCGAGUCGUUCUUCCUCGGACAUCAGCUUACCUCCGACUAAAUCUUUUUACGUCAAGCUACUAGACGAAUCUACAUCUCUCUGUCGCAUGCUUCAAUCCUCCACCACAGGCAACGGUAACUCCUACCUUCUUCCGAGUAAUCCUGACAGCUGCAAACCACCUUGUCGGUCACUAAUUCGUUCCGAUCGAAGGGUACUACGAGCAUUAAAAGUAGGAGAUUUUCCAUUUCUAGACGCUCUCCUCCGAUUUUUUUCCACGCCGUGUUCACGUUGUCUCAACGCCUUACGCGCUCUGUAUUUCGUAGUAUCCUGGCUACCUCGUACCUCCAUCAUCUAUCUCGCAUCGCGAAUCGUCUCCAUCAUGGCGUCAUGCGUCCCGCCUCGUGUCUCGCGAAUCGUGCCGCAUCCCGACUUCCGUAUCUUGCUGUCAUGCAUCGUGCCUCGUGCUUCGUGCUGUGGCCAGCUAGCUUUCCGCACCUCAGCCCGCCAUGCGCUUCCAUCCACUCCUCUCCCGUUGACGCAUUUCAAAACUAGGCCAUGGCGCUUUCCACCACCAGGCACCUCUCUCGCAUCUCCAACGCGACAAGCGCUGUUCGUCGAACAACAAACACCAUCAUCGGCCUUCUGAAACGCGUGGAUGCGAUAGGCCAGUCCGCGAUAUGGCUAUUAUAUGCAUGGGUGAAGCUACGGUACUGCGAAUCACGACGCUGUGCUGUACAAGGUUCCGCUGUCCGUAAUAGGCUACGAUGCAUGGGUUCGACAUUGAGAACUGUUAUAAGUUAAAAACCUCUCGAUGGAUGGACUUUCCGAGGGCUGCGUUUUCCGCGGAACUGGUUUGUUCUGCCAAGGGACACUCUCGGGAAUAACUCGAGGUUCGAGGUUCGAGGUUCGAGCUUCGAGGUUCGAGGUUGUGUUACAUGCACGAAUCACGGUCCUGGGCGUGUGUACUGUAAUGCAUGGCGACUAUAGACAGCACGAGGCAUCAUUGGGAACGACUGCAGGCAGCGAAAGCAGGGAGUGCGAGAAGCAGCCAGAGCCCUGCGACUGUUGCUGCUGCGUCUGACGACCAAGGGAGGCAGGGGUUCAGGCAAGAGCCGGGUUUGGACAUUUGGUCGGGUUUGGUCGGGUGAAGGACUCACUUCAGAGACAACGGCUGCAGGGAGGGAUUGUGCCGAGGAGAAAGGAGGGUGAGCGGGGAAAUGAAACGGAAGAGACUGGGCAAGGGAACCAAGAUAUCUGCGAUGGGUGGGGAAGGAGAGAGCACACGAGGGCAAGGCAUUGAGGAGAAAAGCCAGGAAGAAAUGGGGAGGAAGGGGGGUGAAAGGCGUCUGGUUGUUGCAGCAUCGUCAGAAGCAGCAGCAGCAGCAGAAGCAGCAGCAGCAGCACCUCUCGAGAUGCCCCUGGUCAGGCGCAACCAGCGUGUGACACGGUCUCGCGCCCCACCUCAAGAGGACGACCAGGAGCGCCGCCAGAUCCACUCCCUAAACGGCUUUCAAGAACCCCAGCUGGUUCCUCGUCAGCUAAUCUCUCCCCAGCACGGGUCCCAGGACCAACAGCUGGGGAUCGAUACGUCUGCUGGGUACGAGGGGUUUCGUCGGGCCUCACCUCAAGUGGACGAUGAGGAAGGCCAGAUCCCUUCCUUACACGGCUAUCAAGAACCCCACCUGAUUCCUCGAAAGCUAAUCUCUUCCCAGCACGGGUCCCAGGACCAACAGCUGGUGCUGGAUACACCCCGUGGGUUUGAGGGGUCCGGUGGGGUCGAGGAAUUUCGCCGAGCCUCACCUCAAGAGGGCGACGAGGAAAGCCAGACCCGUUCCCAGCGCGGGUUCGGGUUCCAGGAGAACCAACAAGCGCUGCUCGAUGUAUCCCGGGGGCACGAGGAGCCUUGGGGCGCUGAUGGGGCGAGAGGGCGAGGGGGGAGGGGCAGAGGAGGAGGAAGAGGAGGAAGAGGAGGAAGUGGGGGAGGGGGGGGAGGAGGAGGAGGGGGAGGAGGGGGAGGAGGGGGAGGAGGAUGGGGCAUGAAGGGAGCAUGUGGUAAGGCUCUGAAAGAGGCAGUGGCGGCGGGUGUGAAUGGGUUUGCUAGUUGGGCUCUGGGUUUUAGGAGGAGUGGAGAGGGGGAGAGCAGCAGGGGGCGGAUGGCACUGGAACAUGGGGAUGGGAUGCAGGGAGAGGGGAGGGGAAGGAAGGGACGGUUGGGGAAGGGAGGUUCCGGGAGAGGGGUGGGCAGGGGAUGGGGACUGGAUGAGGGUGGGGAGGGAAGGGAGCUUCAGCAGGUGGGGGAGUAUGAGAGAGUGAGUGAGGGGGGAAGAGAUUGGGGUGGAGAAGAUGGGGAUGAGGAAGGGGAGGAGGAAAAGGAGGAGGGGUGCUGGGGGCUGUGGCAGGAGAGGGGAGCGAGGGUAAACCGAAGAGAGCAUGGGGUGUUGGAGUCGGGCGAGGGGGAGCAGCACUCACUAGAGCAGCAGCAGCAGCAGCAGCAGCAGCAGCAGCAGUAUUACUACCGAGGCAACUACCUUAAGCCGCACUCGCAACAGCGCUAUCAGCACCAGCAUCAGCAGCAGCGGCAGCAGCAGCAGCAUGAGCAGAGAUACAAUCAUCAGCAGCACCAACGCUGGCAGCAUCGGAACAACAAGAACCUGCCAGGGAGAGAGCACGACCGAAUCAUCACAGAAUCCGCGCGAGUCCCAUUCGCACCACCAUCCCCACCACCAUUCCCUCAGGCCUAUGACCCCCCAAGUGCUGCACGGUGUGGCUACAACCUCCGCUCUGCCCCUCCUCCUCCCGCCACUUCUUCUGGUGCGGGUGCUGCUGGUGCGGGUGCUGCUGGUGCGGGUGCUGCUGCUGCUGGUGCUGCUGCUGCUUCAGGCUCAGCAGCUGCUGCCACAACAGGCUCUGCCCCUCGACUGCAGCUGCCCCUCCGCUCCCACACCAUGCAUGGGCUUCAGCCUGCAGCAAGACCCCCUCUCCUCCCCUCCCACACCACUUCUGCCCUCCCUUCCUACCCCGCUGACCCCGUCCCUUCCUGCCCCGCUGCCCCCCUCCCAUCCUACCCUGCUGCCCCCCUCCCUUCCUACCCUGCUGCCCCCCUCCCAUCCUACCCUGCUGCCCCCCUCCCUUCCUACCCUGCUGCCCCCCUCCCAUCCUACCCUGCUGCCCCCCUCCCUUCCUACCCUGCUGCCCCCCUCCCAUCCUACCCUGCUGCCCCCCUCCCUUCCUACCCUGCUGCCCCCCUCCCUUCCUACCCUGCUGCCCCCCUCCCAUCCUACCCUGCUGCCCCCCUCCCUUCCUACCCUGCUGCCCCCCUCCCAUCCUACCCUGCUGCCCCCCUCCCUUCCUACCCUCCUGCCCCCCUCCCUUCCUACCCUGCUGCCCCCCUCCCUUCCUACCCUGCUGCCCCCCUCCCUUCCUACCCUGCUGCCCCCCUCCCUUCCUACCCUGCUGCCCCCCUCCCUUCCUACCCUGCUGCCCCCCUCCCUUCCUACCCUGCUGCCCCCCUCCCUUCCUACCCUGCUGCCCCCCUCCCUUCCUACCCUGCUGCCCCCCUCCCUUCCUACCCUGCUGCCCCCCUCCCUUCCUACCCUGCUUCCCCCCUCCCGCCCUACACCGUGCACCGGCCACAGCUGGGCGCCUUUACCAACACUGCUGCAUUCGCUGUUCCGCUUCCUCACAGCACUGCAUCUCACGCUGGUGGUUACCGCGUGCUGGUGGUGCAUCGCGGGGAUAUCACCAAGUGGUGUGUGGACGGCGCUAGUGAUGCUAUCGUGAAUGCGGCACACAAGUCACUUCUAGGUGGGGGAGGGGUGGAUGGAGCCAUCCACAGAGCUGCAGGCCCAGCCCUCCUGAAGAUGUGCCUCGACGUGCCCAGGAUGUGGAAUGGUGAUCGCUGCAAGACAGGGGGGGCUAAGACCACAGGCGCUGCCAGGCUUCCAGUGCGCUAUGUGAUCCAUGCUGUGGGUCCCGUAUACCAGUCAGAGAGGGUAUCAGCGCCGCUGCUCAAAGGCGCGUAUUGGAGCAUUCUGAGGGAGGCCAAAGGGUCAGCCAUCAAGUAUCUCGCCAUUCCCGCAAUAUCUUGUGGUAUUUUCGGGUACCCCCCGAGGCAGGGAGUCCGAGCAGCCCUGGAAGUCUUGCUCAACGAACAAUGGGGAUCCGUGCAAGAGGUGCACUUUGUGCUGUUCGACCUCGAGAUGUUGGACGACUGGCUUACUGCCAUCCGUGCUGCCAACCUGCCACAGCUGGCACUGCAAUGGCCACCGCACUUGUCACAGCAGCCCCAGCAGUCACAGCAGCCACAGCAGCAGCAGCAGGCACAGCAGCAGGCACAGCAGCAGGCACAGCAGCAGGCACAGCAGCAGACACAGCAGCAGACACAGCAGCAGCAGACACAGCAGCAGCAGGCACAGCAGCAGGCACAGCAGCAGACACAGCAGCAGCAGGCACAGCAGCAGACACAGCAGCAGGUGGCACAGCAGCAGACACAGCAGCAGGUGGCACAGCAGCAGACACAGCAGCAGGUGGCACAGCAAGGGCCGCCAUCAAGGGCAGCAUGGCAGCCGGGGAAUCAGCUGCGGCAGCAGAUGAAGGAUCAGAAGGCAGUAACAAAACAGCAGCAGCUGGCACUGCAGCAGGUUGCACAGCAGCAGGUGGCACAGCAGCAGGUUGCACAGCAGCAGGUGGCACAGCAGCAGGUUGCACAGCAGCAGCUGGCACAGCAGCAGGUUGCACAGGAGCAGGUGGCACAGCAGCAGGUUGCGCAGCAUGGGUCACGAUCGAAGGCAGCAUGGAAGGCAGAGAAGCCGCAAAAGCAACAGGCUCAACAGCAGCCCCAGCAGUCACAGCAGCAUACACAGCAGCAAACACAGCAGCGAGCACAGCAGCGAACACAGCAGCAGACACAGCAGCAGGUGGCACAGCAAUGGUCAUCAUCAAAAGGCAGCGGGGCAGGCAGCGAAGCAGCAAAAGCAGCCCCAGCAGCCGCAGCAGCAAACACAGCAGCAGUCCCAGCAGUCGCAGCAGCAAACACAGCAGCAGACACAGCAGCAGGUGGCACAGCAAUGGUCAUCAUCAAAGGCAGCUCAACAGGCAGCGGGGCAGCCAGGGACUGAGCUCCUGCAGCAGCAGCUGCAACAGAUUCCACCGAAGCUACCGCAGCAGCAUCAGCAGCAGCAGAAGCAGGAACAGCCGCCACUACGGCAGUUGCAGCAGCAGCAGCAGAGGAAGGAUCAGUAGCCAUCCCAGCAGCAGCAGCAGCAGCAGCAGCAGCAGUGGAAGGAACAGCAGCCACCGCAACAGCAGCAGCAGCAGAAGAAUGGACAGCAGCCACCGCAGCAGCAGCUACAGCAGCAGACAAAGGAACAGCAGUCAGUAACGAAACAGAAGCAGCCAGCACCUCAACACAAGCCAGGAACGGAACAGGGGCAGCCGGCACAGCAGCGAACAGAGGUGCAGCUGGUGACACCUGGAGAUCUGGUCACACCUGGAUAUAUGAUUACACCUCGAGAUGAGGUUACACCUCAAUAUUUGGUUGCGCCUGGGGGACAGGUUGCUCCUCUAGCUCAGUCUCUACCCAGAGAUCUCAAGGGACGUGUUAACCCCACAGCCACCCCUGCAGAUGUUGGUGCUGCUGCUGCUACUGCUGCUGCUGCUGCCCCUGCUGCUACUGCUGCCUCUGCUGCCGCUGCUGCCGCUGAGCCUCAUCCUUCUGUUAUUCCAGCUGACCGUUCGAUUACUCUUCCGAGCUACGGCACUGCUGCUGAUGAACGCUAGCAGCAGCAGCAGCAGCAGCCGAUUCUAAGCAGCUGGCACAGGAAUGUCAGAGCAGGGAGAUGAAAGCUGGGGAUAUUAGAAGGGGUGAGAUGUAAAGAAGGGAAGUUCCUAUGUGACGGACGCAGGGGGGAGUGUUUCAGAAGACACCGCUGGGCCAAGAGAAGAGGGGGGCGGAGGGGAAGAGGUGGAAUGGGGAGCUCAGGGGAGAUGUAAUCAGGGAGUUUCCUAUGUGACGGACGCACGGGGAGUUUCCCAGCAGCAGGGCAGGGAGAGGAGGGGAAGGGAGUGGGGGGAGGGGAAUGGAGGGGGAGGAGGGGGAAUGGGGAACCCAGGGGACAUGAAAGCAGUGAGUGUGAAAGCAGGGAGGUCCCUGUGUGACGGAUGAAAGGGGAGUGUCCCAGGAACAGCAGGAGGGUCAGCAGGAGGGCCAGCAGUAGGGCCAGCAGGAGAAGGGAAGCGAAGGGGAUGAGGGAGAAUGGGAAACCCAGGGGACAUGAAGAAGACUGGGGAAAUUGAAAGCAGUGAGUGUGGAAAAAGGGAGGUCCCUGUGUAAUGGACGGGAAGUGUCCCAGGGCCAGCAGCAGGGCUGGGAGAAGAGGGGAGGGGAGGGGGGGGGGGAGAGGAGGGGGAAUGGGGGGGGAGAGGAGGGGGAAUGGGGAGCCCAACCCAGGAAGAAGUUCACUAACCCAGGAGAUGAGAAGGGGAAGGGGAUGGCAAUAGGGAAGGGGGCGAGAAUAGGAAGGGAGGGGAUGGAUGGGGUUGGGUGAAAACAGUGUGAAAUGGAAAAAAUACAGUGGGAGACUAGGGGGAGAAAUAGGAAAGACUGGGUGACUAGUUUUUUGCACACACCAAUGCAGUGUAAAUAGUGCUGUGUGUCAACUUAUACAUUUGUAAAUAGUUAUAGGCUAGAUGGGUUCCUCCUCUUAGAGAGUACAAAAGCAGACCUUUAUAUCACCUGUAUCCUCUUGCUAGAGUUCACUUC